AUGAUGGGACAUCUGGCAGCUGCUGACCUUCUCGUUACCUUCUUCAUGAUACCGCUUGAGGGCGGAUUUCAUCUGAUCGUUCAGUGGUUGGACGGUAACUUGGCCUGCAAGUUUUUCCUUUUCCUUCGUGCUUUCGCUCUCUAUUUAUCGAGUAACGUCCUGGUCUGCGUCUCGUUGGACAGGUACUCCGCGAUUUUACACCCUCUGAAGAAUUACGACGCCCGUCGUCGCGGCAAGAUGAUGCUGUGUGGUGCGUGGAUCUGCAGCUUUUUCUACGCACUGCCGCAGGCGGGGGCGAUCAUCUACAAUUCGGCAUGCCUGUCCGCGACGUUCGUAAUACCGCUGGUAGUCAUUGUUUUCGCUCAGAUAACGAUAUUCUACGAGAUAGACGGCCAAAUUUGCGCGAACGAACAAGAUACUGGGGGACCAGAGAUGGGGGACGGCAAGAAGAUCACUCUCCGUAGAUCCAACACUUGCUCUAUAGAGCAGGCGAAGCGCAAAACUUUGCGUAUGACCGCCACCACGGUACUCAUAUUCACCAUUUGUUGGGGACCGUACGUCGUGACGAUAUUUUGGUCCAUAUUUAACGAAGAAAUUUUCGCAUGGAUGCAGGACUGGCAUUGGAACGUGUUAUUUUUCGCAGCAGCACUGCCACCGUGCCUGAAUCCUUCCUUGAAUGCACGAAGGGAAAUAAAUUAG